AUGCCGAUGAUUUGGGACCAUGCUGCGGAUUUGAAGUUGUUGAUCGCUUUUUCGACAACUGGAAGUCCGGAUUUUGCGGCCGUCGCAAACCUCAUGGGAGAUGGUGUCUCGGUGUCGGCUAUUAAACAUCGCCUCGUUCGCAUCCGCGAACAGAUUGGAAUGCCCUCUGCCCGCCAGGUCAAGCAGAACACAAAGACCAGGGCUCAGGCCUCGGGCUCAGGUUCUGCUUCGGCUUCGGCCUCAUCCAGCGGCAAGAGCCGCAUUCAGAAGACCGCCGCUGGCGCCAAAGGUCCUGUUCAUGCAGCAGAGGGCCUGAUCGCCACUGCCGGCAAGGGUAAGAGGAAGGCAGAGUCUUCCGAUGAAGAAGAGGAGGGGGAAGACGAGGAGAUGGAAGAGGAGGCUGAGGAGGAUGAGGAUGAGGGCGGAGACUAUUACGCCUGUUAG